AUGAGCAUCAGAAUAGACUCGAUUACAUUGCGAAACCCUAGCUUGAACAGAGCUUUUUCUCCUUCUACAAUGGCGCUGUGUUACUCGCCGCCCUCGUCGCUAGGAUUUCAAGCCCUGCACAGACCGCACAAUUACUAUAAAAUAUCUAUUGUAGCCCGAGUAGUUCCUCCCAGACGGUUUGGCCUUAAUCUGGUUCCAUUAAGGGGACGAAAUUUUCGGGAACGUUCAGUUUUGCCUUUCGCCGCUUCUCAAGAGGAAUCGGUGAGCGUCUUUUCGCCAUUUUUGUUGUUUUGUGUUUCCGGAUUAACUUUAUCUGAGAAAGAUUGGAAGGUAUUCAAAUACAGGCUAGAUUCUUCGUUGAUGAAGUUAAGGACAAGACUGGGAAGGACAUUGAUGUCAAUUAAUGGGAUAGGGCAUUUGUGGAAGACCUCAGGACGCAGGAAAAUUGGUACGAAUGGCUGUGGCAGGUCUCUGAUCAAGUUUAUCGAUUUUUAUAGCCGAGAUGUAGGACUAUGCUUAGCCAGGAACAUGCCAUACUUUAGGCGAAGGAUGGUGGAGGAGAUGUUAAGGUUGAAAGCUAACCGAGGGACGAAGAACUCGAUGUGCAGGAACACGCGCCAUAUUUUAGGCGGAGGAUGGUGA